AUGUCUAGCCGCUCCAGAUGCUCAAAAGUUCUUACAACCUCUGGAAAUUCGGUAAUACCGCAGCCUGACAAGUAUAAUUCGUCUAUCGAUUGCGAAGGAGGAUGUGAGACUGAACUUUUGCUGGUUGUUAAAACAUGGUUGCCUCAGAGAGCCAAUGCAACAAGUGACUUGAAACAUGAUAAGAUUGCAUUCAAGUCAAUCGUAGAUGUGGUGUUCAAAUGGGCUAAUGUAAGAAUCUGGAUUGACUUGAGGUGCGAGAAGAUAGUGAAGUCAACUGGGCCUUGGGUGUUCCAAUGGGAAAGGUCAAGAGUCUCAAGAUUGACUAAUUUGGAAAUAGAUCUCGGGAUUGGCCCUCUGAAGUUGUUCUUUCCAAGGCCUAAAGCUUGUAGCUGA